AUGACUGACCAUAUUUUUGAUUCAUCAUCACAUUCAAAAUCCUUUUCUUCUGAAACAACUUCCUUCAAAAACGGUUUAGUCUCUCCUAUAUCAACUAGCGAAUCUCCUGCUUUAAACAACCUAUCUGAUUUCAACCCAAAGAGAAAAUCUUUAUUAUCUUCGGAAAAUAAUUUCCCAAUUAAUUUAAACAUGAAUAACAGUAUUAACAAUAAUAAUAGCACUAAUAAUAAUAUUCCCGCUAAUAUUAACACCAAUGUCAAUAGUAAUGCUAACGCCAAUACAAAUAGUAAUAGCGCCGACAACAGUACUAACUCCAAUGCUAACACCAACAGUAUCAAUAAUAAUAUUAAUAAUAAUAUCAAUGCUACUAAUACUACUAAUACUACUACUAAUAACAAUUCGAGUAAUAACAACAACAACAACAAUAAUAAUAAUAACGCAAAUGCUAACAGCACCAAUCCCAACAACUCUUAUAAUCCCUACCUAUCGCCCUCGCAAAUUUCAAAUUCGGAAUCAAGCUCUCCCCCAACAAACUACUACUCAAAUUAUAACAACUCGUCAACAUCUAGAAACACAAGUGCAACAAGCUCUGCUAGUUUUUUCAAUCAAAACAAUGCCAAUAGUAAUCAGUUGAAAGCUGCUGCCACUAUAAAUUCGCAAAACCCCAAUGCAACGCCAAAUGAUUUCAAUAACCUCGCUUUAAGUAACCGUAAUAAUCUUAUUAAUAAUAUCAACCAUAGCAAUAGCCAUAACCAUGACAAUAAUAGCAAUAACAACCUUCUCUUUAACCACUCAUCAACAAUUGUGCAGGGAGGAAACUAUCCAUACAACAACCAAAAUAUAUCCGGCAGCACUCCUUCUUUUAUAUCAUCCAAUCCUGCCAACCCCAAUGGCUACCAGAUACCAAAUAUAUUCCAAACCAAUAAUAAUGGACAGAAUUACAGUGGAAUGAAUAACCAAUUCAAUACUUCAAUGCCAGGAGCUGUUGGAAUGGCUGGUGGCAAUAUGGGAAAUCCUCAGCAAAUGCCUGAGUUUAAUAGCCGAGAUUUAAAAAUCCUCAAAACCUUAUUGAUUUCAGGAGAAAAAUUCAAAUGGAAACAUAUACUGCUGACAUUGUCUCGCAAUAGAAAUAAAAAGGUUACACCAUCUUGUUGUUUAAAGAAAAGUAGAGAGCUAUUUGGAUUGCCCAGUGAAAGUCUUGAAGGUGAUUUAGGUACCAGUUUGACUUACGCUGUCAACAAAAACGGAUGGUCCAGCAUUUUGACUGAAAAUCAGAUGCGUGGGUCCAGUGGACUUCCGGCAGCAAAUACAGCUAUCCAUAGUUCCAAUACCCAAAUGCAAAUGCCAGGGGGUGUUCCUGGAAACAUCAUGGCAGGAUUUAAUGAUAGAAACAUGCAAUCAAAUUUCUCUACCUAUGCUAGCACAGCUUGGUGA